UCAGAUGUAGCUGCUGAGGUUAAAACACCUUUGAGUUUGUUCUGUGGUGCUUCACCUACGUGGUUCAAUGGAUUCAAAAGCUGAAGAAACCUUUCCUACCCCUCCUCCGUUCCCUUUGUCAGGAGGGAGUGUAUCAGAGCAAGAUGGGAAAACUCUCCCUGUCAACGUACCAGUGAGGUCUCCAGCACCACCUGCGUUCUCGCUGCUACCAGAAGAGGGGAAGUUUGGGAAACGUGCGAGCAUUUACCAUGUCAACACGUCUCUCAGUCCUCUUCAACCUCCUGUCUUCUCACCACUACCUGAAGGUGAUUCUGCUAAAAAUGCGGCAGUCUUGCACAUUCACUCUCCUAAUCCUCCACCAUCCUCAUCACCACCACAAGCUUCUGGGCCGGUGUUCGUGAUCUACGAGACCAAACCUUUUUGCACUCCAGUACUAAGGACAUGCCCGUCCUGUCAGACGCAGGUCACCACAGAGGUCACCUUUAAAGUGGGGAUUUACGCCUGGCUCAUGUGCCUUGUGUUUGUGUUGUGUGGGUUGUUUCUUGGCUGCUGCCUGAUUCCAUUUUUUGUGAACCACUUCAAGGAUGUCUACCACACUUGUCCUCGCUGUAAACGUGUUCUUCAUAUUCACAGGAGGAGAUGCUGCAAAUGAAAACCUUCAGCUCUUGUGAAGGUCAACUAAGCAAAGAAAUGUGUUCUUGGCCUGUACGUAUAAGACGUUUAAGCAGCUUUUAGUCGUGUUUUAUGAUGUGAAAAAUUAAUAAAUGUUUUCUAGACCAGAAUUUUUAUUCUGUUUAUUAAAACAAAGCUAAUACUUGAAUGACUUAAUUGUGAAUAUGUGCUGC